GCGGCGAGCGGCUGGCCCGGGGGUCCUGUCUCUCCUGGGGGUGGCCAAAUCCCCUUUACCCAAAGAGGAAGUGAAGGUCCAGAGAAGGACCAUGGGCUCCAUGUUCCGGAGCGAGGAGGUGGCGCUGGUGCAGCUCUUCCUGCCCACCUCCGCCGCCUACACGUGUGUGAGCCAGCUUGGCGAGCUGGGCCUCGUGGAGUUCAGAGACCUCAACGCCUCGGUGAGCGCCUUCCAGAGACGCUUCGUGGGGGAUGUUCGACGCUGCGAAGAGUUGGAGAAAACCUUCUUGUUCCUGCAGGAGGAGGUGCGGCGGGCGGGGCAGGUGCUGUCCCCACCCGAAGGGCGGCUGCCAGCGCCCCCACCCCGGGACCUGCUGCGCAUCCAGGAGGAGACGGACCGCCUGGCACAGGAGCUCCGGGACGUGCGGGGCAAUCAGCAGUCCCUGCGGGGCCAGCUGCACCAGCUGCGGCUCCACGCGGCCGUGCUGGGCCAGGGCCACAGCCCGCCGGUGGCAGCCACCCACACAGAUGGGCCCUUGGAAAGGAGCCCCCUGCUCCAGCCCCCUGGGGGCCCGCACCAGGACCUGCGGAUCAACUUCGUGGCAGGUGCGGUGGAGCGGUCCAAGGCCGCCGCCCUGGAGCGCCUGCUCUGGAGGGCCUGCCGCGGCUUCCUCAUCGCCAGCUUCCAGGAGAUGGAGCAGCAGCCGGAAGACCCGGUGACGGGCGAGCCCGUUACGUGGAUGACCUUCCUCAUCUCCUACUGGGGCGAGCAGAUAGGGCAGAAGAUCCGCAAGAUCACGGACUGCUUCCGCUGCGCCGUCUUCCCGUACGCGGAGCACGAGGAGGGCCGCCUGGGGGCCCUGCAGCAGCUGCAGCAGCAGAGCCACGAGCUGCAGGAGGUCCUGGGGGAGACGGAGCGCUUCCUGAGCCAGGUGCUGGCCCGGGUGCAGCGGCUGCUGCCGCCCUGGCAGGUGCAAGUCCGCAAGAUGAAGGCCGUGUACUUGGCCCUCAACCAGUGCAGCGUGAGCGCCACGCACAAGUGCCUCAUCGCCGAGGGCUGGUGCGCCAUACGCGACCUGCCCGCCGUGCAGCAGGCGCUGCAGGACAGCUCGAGCGAGGCAGGAGUGAGUGCUGUGGUUCACCGCAUCCCCUGCCGGGAAGUGCCCCCCACGCUCAUCCGCACGAACCGCUUCACGGCCAGCUUCCAGGGGAUCGUGGACGCCUACGGCGUGGGCCGCUACCAGGAGGUCAAUCCCGCCCCCUACACCAUCAUCACCUUCCCCUUCCUCUUUGCCGUCAUGUUCGGCGACGUGGGCCACGGGCUGCUCAUGUUCCUCUUCGCCUUGGCCAUGGUGCUCGCGGAGAACCGGCCGGCCGUGAAGUCAGCACAGAACGAGAUCUGGCAGACCUUCUUCAGUGGCCGCUACCUGCUCCUGCUCAUGGGCCUGUUCUCCGUCUACACCGGCUUCAUCUACAAUGAGUGCUUCAGCCGUGCCACCACCAUCUUCCCCUCUGGCUGGAGCGUGGCAGCCAUGGCCAUCCAGUCGGACUGGAGUGACGAGUUCCUGGCCCAGCACCCGAUGCUCACCCUGGACCCCAACGUCACCGGCGUCUUCCUGGGACCCUACCCUUUCGGCAUUGACCCCAUCUGGAGCCUGGCCGUCAACCACCUGAGCUUCCUCAACUCCUUCAAGAUGAAGAUGUCCGUCAUCCUAGGGGUCACCCACAUGACCUUCGGGGUGGUCCUGGGGGUCUUCAACCACGUGCACUUCGGCCAGUGGCACCGGCUGCUCCUGGAGACGCUGCCGGAGCUGGUCUUCCUGCUGGGGCUGUUCGGCUACCUGGUCUUCCUGAUCGUCUACAAGUGGCUGCGGGUCUCGGCCGCGGGCGCCGCCUCGGCCCCCAGCAUCCUCAUCCACUUCAUCAACAUGUUCCUCUUCUCCCGCAGCCCCACCAACCGGGCGCUCUUCCGCGGGCAGGAAGCGGUGCAGUCUGCCCUGGUGGUCCUGGCCCUCGUCAUGGUGCCCGUCCUGCUGCUCGGCACGCCGCUGUUCCUGCGCUGGCGGCACCGCGGCCGCUCGCAGAGGAAGCCCGCCGGCCGCCAGCCGGUAGAGGCCGGAGGGUGGCGAGAGAGCGGGCGGGAGGAGGAGGACAAGACCCGGAUGCUGGACUCCUCCGACGCCUCGGUGGCCGGCUGGGGCUCUGACGAGGAGAAAGCGGGCUGCUCCGAGGACGGGGCGGGGGCCGAGUUUGUCCUGUCCGAGGUGCUCAUGCACCAGGCCAUCCACACCAUCGAGUUCUGCCUGGGCUGCAUCUCCAACACGGCCUCUUACCUGCGCCUCUGGGCCCUGAGCUUGGCCCACGCCCAGCUGUCGGAGGUCCUGUGGGCCAUGGUGAUGCGCUCGGGCCUGGGCCUGGGCCGCAAGCUGGGCGUGGCAGCCGUGGCGCUGGUCCCCGUCUUCGCCGCCUUCGCCGUGUUGACCGUGGCUAUCCUGCUGGUGAUGGAGGGGCUCUCGGCCUUCCUGCACGCGCUGCGGCUGCACUGGGUGGAGUUCCAGAACAAGUUCUACGCAGGCACCGGCUACAAGCUGAGCCCCUUCACCUUCGCUUCGGAGGAGGGCUAGCGCCCGCCGAGGCCACAUCCCAGUCCCCACCCUUAGCUCCGGCGACAGGAAAUAAAGCUGAAGGCCUGGGAACCGCU